UUUAUUAAAUAUAUAUCAUUAUGGAAUUAUUAGGUGAAAUUAAAUGAUUAAGGGGUCUGCAAAAGCAAGGGACAAGCAUUUUCACCUUUUUUGUAGAAUGAGCCAAAUGGCAUACUGUCUGAUUAUAAACUUGAAAUCUGUCAGUCAAAAAUAAUGUUUAUAACAAUAAAUUAUUCAGUUCAGUAAGCAUUUAUUCAACAUUAUUAUAGCAAAAGCCCUGCCUCAAAACAACAAGUAAUUAAUACAAUUAUUUUACACUAACAUACUAGUUCAUUUGAAUUAAUAAAACAUGGUCUGGUGUAAGACAAUGUCUUCUCAUUUGCUGUCCCCUGAUACUGCAUUACAAUAAUAAAGAGGAACUGAAAUAAUCAGACAUUAAUGGAGUCCUUUACAAAGUCUCAGUGUCUGUAACUUUAAAAUGACGCAGUACAUUGUGGGGUCAAAGUCAAAAUGCUUUUAAUUACCGCUGAAGGUGACACAAAGAACCUCACUGUCAAUCUUCUAAACCUUGUUAUACCAUAAUCAAUGGAGAUUCCAGUAUUUACUGUUGAUGCUUUUACCAAUGUACCUUUCAAAGGUAAUCCUGCUGCAGUGUGUCUAAUAGAAAAUGAACUUGACGAUGAGUUGUAUCAGAGCAUUUCUGCUGAAAUGAAUUUAUCAGAGACUGCUUUUAUCACAAGACAGACAUCUAUGGAUUUUUCUUCAGGUGCAAGGUUUGGUUUGCGUUGGUUUUCCCCCAAAACUGAGGUUCCACUCUGUGGUCAUGCAACAUUGGCCUCAGCAGCAGUGCUGUUUUAUAUUAAAAACAAUGUGAAUCCAGUUGUGGUGUUUGAGACUAUAAGCGGGGAGCUGUACGUACGUCAAAACGGAGAAUCUAUUAUCAUGGACUUCCCCUUAAACAACCCAAAGCCUCAGGACCAAAAUGAAGUCAAGGAACUUUUGAGGGCUGCUGUGGGAGACUUACCCAUUCAGGAUGUGUGCUAUUCUGAAACCACAAAGAAACUGAUGGUUCGUCUAGCCGACACAUGUGACAGGUCUGAACUGAUGUCUUUGAAGCCAAAAGCAGAAGCUUUGCUGAGACACGAGACCACAGGGAAGAUCAGAAGUCUCAUAGUUACAUUGAAAGGAGCGCAGACCGCUGAAACUGGACAUGACUUCUACUCCCGUGUCUUUGCCCCAUGGGUUGGGGUCCCUGAAGAUCCAGUCACCGGGUCUGCACAUUCAGUUCUUGCUGGUUACUGGUCGGAAAAACUUGGGAAAAAGAAAAUGUUGGCUUACCAAUGUUCCAGUCGUGGAGGGGAACUGAGAUUGGAGAUAAGAGAUGACGGUCGACUGGACAUUAGUGGUCAAGCACAGAUUAUUCUUCAGGGAACCCUUAAAUUUUAAACAAACUUCCAGUCUACUAAAUGAAUAUAAAGAUAGAUAUGAUAGAAAUCAUAUUUCAUCUCUCUUUAAAUGAAUAUGUAGGAACAUUAGUUGUAUACUAUUUAAUAACAACCAAAUCCUAGAUAUGCUAAUUGUUUUGGUGUACUAUUUAACAGUUGUAUCUAGAAAAAUAAUUCAA